AUGAUUUUAUUCGCAGGUACGGAGAAGUCGCCUUUGCCCCCUCGUCAUGUUUCCCUCGGCUACAAAAGCCACCUGGGUGAAACCGAAGGCUUCCCGCGCGCUACCAAAUGCCUGUUAAAUGGCUUCAUUACCGCUAAUGACCCCUGCACGGCUCCGCCGCGCUGCUGCCGCGGAGCUUUUGUCCCUGGCGCUUGUGUAAAGUUACUUAGGGACUGCGGGGUUAGAAAUUUUACACUUCCAGGAGGGCUGUGCUGCGCCGGCAGCUGGGACGCAUCUGUAACGGUGCGAGCAGAAAAUCGGGCAGCCCGGCCCGCUGCGCGACUCGGGUGCCUCCCGAGCGGCAGCGAGUCCCACGGGAGGGGCAGGGGCGCGAAGGGGGGCGAGGAGGAAGAGGAGCACGUGCGGGCGCCCCGCGGCCACCGCCAGGCCGGGCGCUGCCUCCUGUGGGCCUGCAAGGCCUGCAACAGGAUGCCCUCCAGCACGGACCGGCGCAGGGCGGCCACCAUGAGGGAGCGGAGGCGCCUCAAGAAGGUCAACCAGGCGUUCGAGACGCUCAAGCGCUGCACCACGGCCAACCCCAGCCAGAGGCUGCCCAAGGUGGAGAUCCUGCGGAACGCCAUCAGGUACAUCGAGAGCCUCCAGGAGCUCCUGCGCCAACAGGUUGAGAACUACUACCACCUGCCGGGGCAGAGCUGCUCCGAGCCCGCCAGCCCCACCUCCAGCUGCUCGGACAUGGUGAGAGGCGCCCGCGGUGCGGGGAUGCGGGCAGGAAAGUGA